AAUAAUCCAUGAAUGCGACGUGCGUCCAAGGCUGUGCGUGUGACUUUUGUAGUGAUGUGGAAGUUUACUUGUAAAACAAUAUGACGAAAAUUACCCCAUUUAUGAUAUUAAUCCUUUCAUUAAUUAUUUAUACAAUUAAUCAAAUACCAUCAUGUUCAGCAAUUAUAUCGGAUAAGCGACUAUGUCAUGAUGAAAAGUGUUCUGAACCCGUUUCUUUGGCGAAGACAUUACUAAAAUAUAAUUCCAAUGAUGAAGACAUACUUUCGUUUCAAGCAAAUACCGAGGUUAAAGUUUACAGUAAAAGUGCAGGUAACCGACCUGAUCUUUGGGGUGUCGAGAUUCUUGGCAAACGGGGCUAUGCCCCAAUGAAAAUGAUAAGAGAAUAUACGGUUAUGAAAAGUGUACUGAAAUUUGAAGUGCCUACAAAACCAAUAGAAGAUAUUCCAAAGAAUGAAAUUGAAAAGGAGAAUGAUGAGCCUACUGAGAAAUCACCUGAAAUUUCAGUUAUUAAUUCAUCAGCUAAAGAUUUAGAGCACUUAAUUCCAGUUCCAGAAAAUGUUUCGCCAUCCUAUGAGGUUAUUGAUGGAACAACAAUUCCAUUGGCAAUUGAUGAUUCCACAAAUGAUUAUUCAUCAUCACAAUCAAUUGAGGAUGUUGCAACAGAAGAGGAGCCAAUUUUAAGUGUUCAUCCAAGUUUAGUAUCGUCGACAAUUUCAUUUGUUACUCAAGUUAUCGAUAAGGUCACUCAACAAUUAGAAAAAGUCGAAUCCAUGAAUAUUAAUGAAAAUGAUGAAAAAGAAGAGGAAAAUAUCCCACUGACUGAAAAUGAAAAUAUUUCACAGACUGAAGAUGAAAAUAUUCCGCCUAUUGAGGGUAAAAUUAAUGAGGAAACCGAGGCAGAGGGGAAAAAUGAAGAGGAGGAAAAUAUCCCACUGAAUGAAAAUAAAAAUGUUUCACAGACUGAAGAUGAAAAUAUUCCGUCAAUUGAGGAUAAAAUUAAUGACGAAACUGAAACAAAGGAAAAAAUUGAAGAGAAAGAAUUAAAAGAAGAGGAGAAAGAAAAAGAAAUUGUACAAGAACCGGAGAAAACAUUGCCGGAUGAAACAGUUUCUGAUGAAUCGGUGAAUGAUGAAGAGAGUGAGGAAAAUGAAAGUAAAGAACUAGAAGAAGAAGAAAAAAAUAAAACGGAGGAUGAAAUAAAAAAACAAGAAGAAAAAGAAAUAAAUGAAGAAGUAAAAACACAAGGCGAGGAAGAAAAAGAAAAAAGCGAAAUAAAAGAAGAAAGUGAAACAAAAGAAGAAAUAAAAGAAGAAGGUGAUAAAAAUGAAGAAGAGGAUAAAAAUGAAAGAAUAGAAGAAGGAGCCAAAGAAGUACAAGAAACGGAGGAAAAAGAGGAAAAUGAAACAAUAGAAAAUAUUCAUCCCCCCGAGCAACAAAUUCCAAUCGAAGAAAAAUUUCCAACUGCCACCGAAACUGAAACUAAAGAUUCAAAAAUAAUUGAAAAUUAUGAAUCAAAAUUCACCAAUGAUUCUCCAAUGGAGAAAGAAAUUCCUCUUCCAGAUCUCAUCACAGAGACAACAACCGCCACUAAUCAAGUGCCUUUAAUUGAUGAACGAGAAACUUUAAUAUUAAACGACGAAAAUAAUAAUAAUAAUAUAAAUAAUUCACAAAUUGAUGACAAUGCGAAUAUGAAAAAUGAAGAAUCUGAAAGUAAAACUAAUCAAAAUUCCAAAUUAGGAUUUGAUAUUUUUUCUCUACAUAAAUUGAAAUCGGUAGAGAAUGUAAAUAAUGUAAAUAGUGAAAAUAUUCUUCUAGAAAAUACAAGUACUGAUAUUAAUUUUGAUUUUAAUCGUGAAGAAAUGAAAAUUAAUGAAACUGGAGAUAUUUCUGAUGAAAUAAAUAAUGAUGUUUCUAAUGAUGAUAAUAAUAAUAAUUAUUCAAGUGCCAAUAAUGACACCGAUAUUUAUAUGAAUGAAGAGUUUGUUUAUAAUAAUGAUAGUAGUGUGAUUUCUUCAAAAAAUGAUCCUCUAGAUAGUUUGGAGCCACAUUUUCAUGAUGAUGUGGAGCCAAGAAAAGAAAUUUUGUCGGCGGAACAAGCAUCCACAUUUAAUGAAUUGCCUAGUAAUCGAAAUUUACUGAAUUUUGACGAAACGUCGCAUUUUCAUUCUCAAGAGUCACAGAGUGAUAAAUUAUUAGGGAAUGAUAUUUCCGAAUCAGCGGAGAAUUUGGCAGUUUUUAAUAAACAAGACUCGGUGGAAGAAGCUCCAAUUCCUAUGGUUUUACCUCCUGAUGUGUGCGAAAAAGACUCUAAUUGUCAAACAGAAAAUGUCGUUCAUAAUGACGAUAUCUCCAUUGCAAACGUUAUCAAUAUGGGUAAAAAUUAUUGGGAAUUUUUGACCUACCUUCUAAUAACUUCUAUCACUAUUCUUGUCUUCUCUCUCGGUUAUUACUACAUCGAGAAUGCAAGACGGGACAAUCAACUUAUCGGAAGAAUAAAUAAAUUGGAAAAGGAAUUAAUGGUCUCGUCAAAGGAAUGCGCCAUGUUGAAUGAAAAUUUAACAUGCACAAAAACAAAGUUAUGUCUGGAUAAUUUUAAGUUGAAUUCAAUCGAAGACGAAUCAUUUGGAUCAAAUGAAAUGGUUGCUUCUUUGAAAGCAGAUUUAGAAGCUGCACAGAAUACAAAUUUGGAGAUGGAGGACCAAGUAGUGACUUUGGAAAAGGAAUUGGAGUCGGCAACGGAGGCAGGAUUAGAAUUGGAACGUAUGUUACGUGAAUUAUUGUCAUCGAAUAAAGAAGAUAAUCCAUUGGCGCAAUCAGUUGAAGAUCUACAAGCUCGAUUAAACGCUCAACAGGCUGAAAAUGAAGCGUUGACAAACGCCUUAAAUUUAAAGAAACAAGAGCUCGAAUUUGACAGGCUUGAGAGUGAUGGCUUAUCGUCAGAUUUGCUUUCGUUUACGAAAAAAUACGAAGAACUUGAAAUCGAGGUCAAAAGAUUGGAGGAAGAAUUGAAGACGCAAGGAAAUAUGAAAAUUUACAUGGAACAGUCGAUGGAGGAUAAAAUUCAACGAUUGGAAUUUCAAAUGAGAGAGACAAUGGAAGAACGAUCACAAAUGCGACAGGCACUGAAAGCUAAAGAAUUGGAAGUAAAUCAUCUUUUGGAAGUUGUUGAUCAGGAAAAUUCGAAUAAUUUGGACUUUGACAAACUUUACGAUUCUGUUCAAGCAAAAGCUGAGGCACUUCAACUCGCCGAAGAACGUUACGAACUUCGCGUUCAAUUGGUCGAGGCUGAAAAUAAUCAUAAAUCACUUGAAGCACACGUGAAAUCAGCGAAAGAAGAAGUUCUCUCGUUAACAGAAGAAUGCAAAGCAUUUGAAAAAGAAAAGAAGGAUGCGGAAACGAAACUCGAAGUCUUAACGAACUUUUUCAAUGAAAAAGAAGCUCAAAGACAAAAGGAAGAAGCAGUUUGGUUAGAGAAACAAGGAGAAGUUUCAUCUACAGUCGAAAGGAUACACACAAUGCAGAAUGAAAUUCAAAAUUACAAGCAGCAAAUUGAAAUACUAAAGAGGGAAAUAGUUGAUCAGGAACGAGAGUAUAAGAGUCAAAUUGGCGCUCUUGAAACGAAGGCGCAUGAACAUUGGGUAGUGGCCCGACAAAAUGAGCGAAGGUUGGAAGAAUUAAAGGCGGAAUCAGGUCAAUUACGUAAUCGGCUUACAAUUGUUGAGAAAAGUAUGAAUGAUCCUGAUCCCGAGGUUAAAUUACAUCGAAUGGAAGCAAAUGGAGAAAGUGCAACAUCACCGUCCCUCUUCCUUGGACCGGAUAAUUCUAGUUCUCCCAUAAUGUUUAGCAAUACCUCUGGUGUUCCUCCACCUCCUCCUCCCUCGUACAUGUUCGGACCAGGAUUUCAUCCUUAUUUACCUCCACCACCCCCGGGACCCGGGGGGCUUCCGCCUUUUGACGUCGGUCAAAGGCCACCGCCCCUUGGAGGAAGAUUAUCAUCGCCUCCACCUCUACCUCUUCAACCACCUUCAGGACGUUACGAAAAUACAGGCUCACCUCCACCCCUCUCGCCUCCAUUGCCACCCCAUCAUCAUCUUCAUCAUCAUCAUCAUCAUCCAUCUCAUCAUUUUGGUCGCCACAGAUCGCCACCGUCGCCGCAUUUCACAAACGAUCAUCAUAUUAUUCAUCCACCGCCGCCGCCGCCUCCCUCGUUGUUACCAAUUCCCCCUUUAAAUCAUUCACACAAUUGGGGUGUCGAGGAGUCAUUGCCACGAAAUUCUGGUUUCUAUUCUCGAGAUCAACGAUCCCGCAAUCAUAAAGGUUCCUUACAUUCUUCCGGCGAAUCGCUGGACAAGUCACAUCACAGUGGAAAAGUUUAGUCUUUGUUGUUCGUUUUAUAAUUUGUCUAAUGUAAUUAAUUUAAAAGUGGAAAUUUCAUAAGAAGCAUUUACAUGUGUUUAGGAAAAAAAACCCCUUCUUUUGUAUGAAUUAAAUCAGAAAUAGAAUGUGCCAAGUCUUCUUGUAAAAAAAUCGACUUUUAGUAAAAUUGUACUUUUAUUGAUUUUUUUUUACUUGUACGUUUUUCAUUAUUGUUUAAUUUACAAAGUUUUGUUUUGUUUUCGUGAGACGAACAUUUAAGAUUAAGAAAUAUUUGUUUUCACUUUUACUGAUAAAAAAAAGUAUAAAAUAUAUAUUUGUUACCAAUUUGUUAAUUAAAACGUAACGAAACAUUCUCAAAAUAUAUACAAUAAUAAUUAAAAAAAAAUCAAAGUGGAGUGAUGUAUUUUUUUUUGUUGUGGAUAAA